GGAGCUACGGAAAAUUCAAUUAGUAAACUGCUAGCGGACGUGCUUAACACUUAAAUGAUUAAAACAAGUUUUUAUUAUUUUUCGAAUUAUUCGAGCUAAAUAAACUUUUAAUUAGCCUGGUCGAAAAAAACAGCACACAGAGCGAUGCAAGGGCCACACCAGGACAUCAUGGAUGUUUUAUUCGGGGUGCAACAUAUGCGCCGCUCCAGCAAUACUUCCCUGUACUCCACGACCAAAGUUGAUCAUGUCAAAAAAAUGUCAUCCAGGGAACAGCUGCUGGUCGAACCGCCGAAGCAUGCCAAGCGCGUGACCUUUAGCAAGCAGCGCAUACAGAAGCCACGUCAUACCACAGUCAAAGAGAGCGAGAUGCAAACCGGGCUCACCUCCUGCCUGAUAACUAAUCCCACGCUCGUCGAUCCACGCGCAGCAGGCGGUGCGAACAAUCCGGCGGAGCGUAGAGUCGGCUGGUUGGCGCGCACAGACAGCGAAUGUCAAUUCAAGGCACCAGGAAUUGAGUUCCUAACCGAAAGAGAGCUAGAUGUGACCACAUACGAGGUGAAGAUGCGCGAGUCAGUGCCGAGCAUCAAGGAUUAUACCACAAAAUGUGAUUAUUUCCCCAAAUAUGUGGACAAUCGGCGUUACAAGGAUCAAACCACACAAACACUUUACAGGGAAUCCUCGGCACAGACUUUGGCCUAUUUGCCAGAUAUUAUGGACAAGGAAGCCGACGAGCAUUUGGAGAUCUUCAAUUUGUCCACACUGCUGCCCGGUGAUAAGCCACCAGGUCUGUAUGAGGUUGAGAUCUUGGAGCGUGCCCGCAAACGUUGGGCCUUCAACAAAGCGCUGAAGACGAAUUUCAAGAAGCAGCUAGAUCAGGAGCGCGAAAAGGCCAUUAAAAGCAAGUAUCGGCCCAUACUGGAGGCCUUCGAGUGGGAGCAUUGGAUGGAAAGGGAGGAGUACAUACAAGAGUGCCAGAUGAUGCGUCUGGAGAUUGUUAUACGCAUGUUUGACAAGCGCGAAAAGCAGAUGCACGAUGCAUCCAAUGCACGCAUCGAGAAGGCCUGCGAGUAUAUCGAGGACAAACGUCAGCGAGGCCUCACUAAAAACGAACUUGAGUAUCAGCGGGCAUUUCGACGGCUGCAUCUCAAGAAUGCAGGCAUCUCGAGACGCUGGGUCAAACAGAGUCCGAUGUAUGCUCUGGGUACACCGUGCUCCGAGUUCUAUGGACCACUCAUCCGUCAUGGCGUCGAUCCGAGUCGACGCAAUUUCGUGGGCGAUGGCCGUAAAGCGUUCGAUAUGCGCAUCGAUGAGCUGGAGAAACGCGUGAAUAUGGAUCAGCUGCGAUGCCGAUUUACCAAGCUGAAGGAGUGGUCCAAGCCGAAAGAAUAUGUCAAGGAGUACGAACAGAACUUCUGCUCCGACAAACAUCUACAGAAGCUCUACGAGUCACUCAAGAGCUUGCGCUCUCAAGCAACCAAACAGAAGACAACGCCCAAGUGCCUCAUCCGACGUCCCAAGCCUCAAUCCCAAACUGAUUUCCGCCCCUCGUUCAGCUACAAAGAAGAGGACGUCCGUCACUUCUUUGACCGGCGCCGGACAGACGACGAACUAAUGCAGACUGCGCUCUCGCCAGAACAGAUACUGGCCAUCAAUCAGCAUGUGGCGCAUGAGAAACGUCUAUCUCGCCGUCCGGAACUGGCUAAGGAGAUGCUUAGGGAGCGACGCAGCGAGGAUCUCGAAUAUUUGCUCCAAAUGUAUGAGGGCAGCACCAUCGGCUGGAUAAUGCAAUUCCUCUCCGAAGAAAUGGAACGCCUCAAGGAGCAGCGGAAACUUCAUUUCUUCUCGAUAUUAACGCAAAAGGAGCGCUGGCGCAGGGAAGCUGCCGAAGCGGGCCUACGGCAAAAGGAGAACAAUAUGCGCGUCCUCUACGAGGACAUGUUCCAGGAGAGCAACCUGGUGCACAGUGAGGUGACCGAUGAUUAUAUCAAUACGAUUCUAACAACCGAUAUGGCCCACAUUGCCGAAUGCGAAGCCACCGAAGUUGUUGUCAACAUGGCCAAACAGAUCGAUAGGGACAUUGAGCGCUGGCUGGAAAGCUUUAAGCUCAUUCAAACGCCGUUAACCUAUGUGCCACUGCGCCAGAUGCUUGGCAAGAUGGUCUUUCCGGAGAUGAGCGAAUUGCUAGAAAAAAACGAGAAAUAUCUGAUAACCAAAUACAUUGUGGACGAUGUGAUCUUUGCGGGCCUUUGGGAAAAGCUCGAAAGCUACGACAUAUCAUAUACAAUAUCUAGCGAUUUAGUUGAUCGCCUAAUUGAUAAUGAUCUAUUUCUAUUUUCGACCGAAAGCGAAGACGAGUCACCCAAACGAAAUGAGGCAAACGCGAUUAUACGAAAGCUCAUACGACAGGCUGUUCCCGGUAAUCGCUGGCAGACCGAAACCGAGCGAAUCGUCCACGAGACCAACGUGAGUCUGUUGGAUGAAGUGUUUGAUAAAAUCAUAGCUAAGCUUGACGUUGAGCCUGUACCAAUGGAACCAAUAGUGCUGCGUUCAGAUCGGUCGACAAAUAAACUGAUUGAGGUCCGAGAUAUACAUAGAUUCAAUGCAUCAAAACAUGAGUCUCGCCAGUCAAUGGUGGAUGUGGGUUCCCAGCAAUUUAUAAACAAGCAAAUAUUGGCAUUAGUGAAGAAGAUGAAAGAUGAUCAUACUACGGGACCACUGAGACGCAGCCCCGAUCAGUAUGUUGAUCCCGGAGAUGCCGACCCGCUGGAUAAAUUCCUCAAAACCGAGGUGUACCGAGAGAUGUCGCAAUUACAGCGUCAAAGCGACGAAAAGGAUGUGUAUCAAAUAGCGAGUACCAUCGACAUUGGAUUCAAUGAUGAUUUUACGCAGUUUCGUCUAAUACCGGAGUCAAGGUCCAGAAGCAACGAAAGCAUGGAAAGCAUGGAAAGCGUGGAAACUCAGACGCAGCAAAUCGAUAAAUUGAUAGGUGCACUCACCGAAAUCGUAUCUGAUUACGAGGUAGUCGAAGCGGAGGAAAAUACCGAAUAUGAGGCAGAUGACGAACGUAGUUGGUGGAAUGAUACCUCUUGUGAGGAAGGCGACGAGGGUGAGAGCAAGUAUGCCAGGGAUGACAUGGAUGCAGAGAAUGAAAAUGAAGAUGACGAUGAUGACGAACGUGACAGUCCCGUAACUGACACAGAAAUCAAUAGAGAUACCCACAUAAGUAUCUCGGAAGUGGAUGAGGAAGAGCGUGUCACGCAGUCCCGUCCGGUCAGCCAUUCGCUUUUCCAAGCUAAGUUCAGCAAAGAUGCAAAGAGCGGUACGUAUAGUAAUUACGAAUUGGAUAUAGGUAGACCACAAAUUCAUCGACCAAAAAAUGAGGGCGAGGUGGACUCGGUUCUGACAAACGAACGUGAAUAGUUUUCUUCUAUUUUUCAUUGUGGACUAUUAUAUUGAACAAUUGGAUAAAAUUAAAAGUACAGACAGCAAAACAC